UUGCGACGGCAAAUUAUGCCGUCUCAGAAAGUCACAUUUUUUGAGACGGCAAGUAGUGCCGUCGCAAAAAGUCACAUUUGUUGCGACGGCAAGUUGUGUCGUCUCAAAAAGUCACAUUUUUUGAGACGGCAAGUUGUGUCGUCGCAAAAAGUUCCGUCUCAUAAGCCCACUUUUCUUGUAGUGAUACCAUCCAGUGUUGUUUUGGGGAUCCUUCGGUACUUGUGGGAGAAGGGAGACAAUGGAGGACACUCACUUUCUUAUGCCCCAAUGUGCGGUGAGAAGGAUAUCCAUGUGUUUGGAAUCUUUGAUGGUCAUCGAGGUGCAGCAGCUGCUGAGUUUUCUGCUCGAGCUCUACCAGGAUUUUUGCAUAGUCUUGGUUCCAUAAAAAGUCCGUCCGAUGCAUUACUAGAAGCAUUUGUCAAGACAGAUGUUGCAUUCAGGAAUGAAUUGGAUUCUCAUCGUAAAUCUAAGGGAGUUAUUCAGAAAGACUGGCAUCCUGGUUGCACAGCCAUUGUGGCUCUUCUAGUCAGAAACAAGCUUUUUGUUGCUAAUGCUGGCGAUUGCAGGGCAAUGCUAUGCCGAGCUGGCAGUGCUUAUGCUCUAAGUAAGGAUCAUGUUGCAAGUUGUCCCGAGGAGAGAGAACAUAUUAUCAGUGAAGGGGGACAGGUCAAAUGGCAAGUUGACACGUGGAGGGUUGGGCCUACUGCUCUCCAGGUUUUCUUCUUAUCCUUUGCUUAACGAUAUUCUAGAAAAAUGUGUAGACUAUUG